CGCCGCAGGACCUGACGGACGAGGGCCGCUGCCAGGCCGGGCGCCAGGCGCUCGCGCUGCUGAAGCGGCGCCCGCCGCACGAGCCGCCGAGGCCAGCCGAGGUGGAGGCGGUGGCGAUCGUCUGCGAGUUGGUGCCCGAGCUCGAGGCGAAGGCUUUUCGGCUAUUCGCGAAGCAGAUGGAGCUCCUCGCCAGCGCGGGCCAGUUGGACUCAGGCAUCUGGCUCUGCGUGUCCGGUGCGCCGGCCAAGCUGCGGCUGGCGCUGCUGGACAGGGUCGCCGACGCGGGCGGGGCGGCCGCCCUCGAGGCCUGCGGCAUAGGCGCCGGCGCCGUGCUGGGGGCGUGCGCCGACUUCGCGGUGGAGGACGCAGCGUCGGCACGCUCCCCGCGCGAACGCGGCGGCCCGCGGGCCCAGGCCUUCCGCGUGCUGCGCCUUGUCGCCUCGUCGCCCGUGGAGGGCGCUGACGUGGGCGACGCGCGGCGGGGGCUUGCUCUGCUGCGCGUGUUCGGGAGGGCCCUCGGGCGUGCCGGGCUGGCCGCGCUGCACCCGCUGCUCCGGGACAUGCAGCAGAGGCCGUGCGAGUACCACUGGGUCGACUACGUCGCGUUGGCGGACGCGCUGGCCGAAGCAGGAGGCCCAGACGAGCCUUGCUGGGACGUGCUCGCGGUGGCGCUGGUCAACUACUGGGACGCGCUGGACAGGCGCGCGCUGCUGAGGUCCUUGACGGGCGCUCCAGCAGCCCUGGCCAGCGUCCCGGAGCCGUUCCAGCGCGCGUUGGCGCGCCAGUGCGAGCAGCGGUCCGACGUGUUCCAGCGCGUGGGGGCCGAAGGCUUGGCCCGCUG